AUGAAGUCACCUGCCACAACAAAGGAGAUACAAAGUCUAACGGGUAGGGCGGCAGCUCUCAACCGAUUCCUCUCUAGAUUUACCGACAAAUGCAGGCCAUUUUUCAAAGCCUUGAAGAAGGGACACAAAGAUAAGUGGGAUGACGAGUGUGAAGUAGCUUUUCAAAACUUGAAAACUUACCUCACUUCACCUCCAUUGCUCUCAAAGCCGAUACCAGGCGAAGAUUUGUACAUCUACCUAGCGGUGUCCGACUCAGCUGUCAGCUCAGCUCUCAUCCGAGAAGAGCUGGGGGCACAACAUCCGGUAUUCUACACUUCAAAAGCUCUCCUCGAUGCAGAGACUCGCUAUCCGAAAAUGGAGAAGCUCAUUUUUUCGCUUGUGGUUUCUGCGAGAAAGUUAAGGCCCUACUAUCAAGCACACCGGAUAAUUGUCAUAACAGAAUUUCCUUUGAGAUCGAUCCUUCACAGCCCCGACGCUUCUCAGCGACUCAUGAAAUGGGCUAUCGAACUCAGUCAAUACGACCUCCUCUACCGGCCGAAGACUGCUAUAAAAGCCCAAGCUUUAGCAGAUUUUGUUGUAGAGUUUACUCCGACAGCCGAAGAAGAGAAGAUGGUUACGAAAAGCAAAGAAAAAGCGGACGACACCUCCCCCACCGAUUCGAACCUACCUAACGACAUGUGGCAGUUGCAUGUAGACGGAGCAUCAAAUCACAAGGGAGCGGGAGCAGGAGUCGUCAUAAUCACCCCAGACGGAACCUUGUUGGAACAAGCUAUCACACUAGCCUUUCUCUUCAAACAACGAGGCAGAAUAUGA